UGGGCAAGCACCACAGUGGUCUGAAUUGGUCGCUGCAUUAUAUUCCUACUUAAUCAAUUGAUUGCUUGCAUUGGGCACAUUAGCCUUGAGCAGAUGAAUGAAGAAUUAACUAACCUGUUACUGCAAAUACGUUGUGCACAGACGUCAGCUUUGUUCAAAUUCAACAUGUCAGCCACAGACAUGGUGAGACGUAAUAAGACAGCCAUUCAGACCACUUUGUGUGGAGACUACAGGCUAAUCCUCAACAAAGUUCAUGAAAAUGAACUGAUAACUAAGCGGGAGUACAACAACCUUAAAAGCAUAAACAAAGAAGAUGUAGAGGGCCACGUCAUUGAGCUUGUGGAUAAGAUCAUGAACAAAGGAGAGAACACCUGCAAAGCCUUCCUGGACCUCCUGCAAACCGAUGAGGGCAUUAAAACGACUUACCCUGAGCUGAAGAACAUACAAUUGAAUAAAACCUCCCUUGAACUUACGCCUGUUCAAGAGGGUUCACUUGACAACAGAGAUGUUCAGCCACAAGAGAGCAAGAGGCGAAAGGAGGAAGAGCAGUAUGAGCUGAACAGCCAGCCUACCGGCCUCUGUGUGAUCAUAAACAAUGAGAAUUUCCCGGAAGGAGCAAGAAAUGGAACAGACAAAGAUGCUCAAAGUUUGGCAGAGGUGUUCAGCUGGCUGGGGUUCAGAGUGCUGAUGUGUAAAGACCAAACCAAGAACCAGAUGGACCGCGCACUGAAAUGCUUUGCUUCUCAGAGCAACCUCGCUGAGCUGCAGGGCUUCAAUGUGACCGAGUGGUCUGGCAGCAGUUUCACUGAUCUUCAAGAGGAUCCUAAGCAUGGCGAUGCCUUCAUCUGCUGUAUUCUGAGUCAUGGCAUGAAUGGUGAAGUCCUGGGGAUUGAUGAGCAGCCCCUCUCCAUCAAACAAAUAACAAGAACUUUCAAGGCAUCUGACCAGUCAACCCUCACCGGCAAGCCCAAAGUGUUCCUGAUCCAGGCCUGCCAGGGAUUGCAGAUACAGCAUGGAGUGUUAGAAAAAGAUCUGCUGACUGAUGAUGAUUCUCACUCUCCAUUCAUCCCUGAGGAAGCUGAUGUUCUGGUUGCCAUUGCCACUGUUGAAGAUCAUAAAGCAUUCAGACAUAAAAUAAAUGGGAGCUGGUUCAUCCAAUCCGUGUGUCAGCAGCUAAAGGAGGGCUGUCCGAGGAGUGAAGACAUUACCACCAUCCUGCACCGCGUGAACAAUGAAGUAGCCCAGAAAGAGGGCUGCACACUGCAGCCUGGUGAAAAAAAGCAGAUGCCUGAAGUGAGGUUCACCUUAAGGAAGAGACUUGUUUUGUCUCCACAUCACAAAUGAAGCUUAAUCACCAAAA